AAUGUGUGUGUCUUAUCUGAGCAGACGCACAAUUCACAACAAAUACGUCAGGUGAUCCUUAUCCGAACAAAAUGUCGACCGCCGAACUGAAUCCGAGACCUUUGCGGGUUUCUCCUUUUAUUAAAUUUUGCCGCUGGAGUCUUCUUUUUACUGGAAUCGUUUAUGGUGCAUAUCAUCAGCGAAGAUUAAGUAAAAGAGAAAAUGCUCGUAGAGAAGAGGAAUUGAAGCUUAAACCUAUGCGCGAUGCAAAACUAGCUGAAGAAAAGAGACUUGCUCAAAUAGCGGAACAAAAAAUGUUUGAUGAUAUGUUCACACCAUCCAAAGCAACAUAAACUUAACUUAUUUGACAUUAGUAUAUGUUCAUAAAAUGUUGAUUGAUUUGUAUAUCUGUAAAACUAGUCGCAUAUUAUUCCGACAUCAUUAUCGCAGUCGCAAAUGAUAAACUCUAUAUUGUACAAAAGUAUCAAAUAAAGAUCUGUGAAGACUA